AUGGCAGUCGACAGUUCUGAGCUACGAAAGUUCGGAAAGGACGGCCCUCACAUCCCAGCGCUCGGGCUUGGGCUCAUGGGCAUGUCGAUGAUGUAUGGACAUCCUGGAAAUGACGAAGAACGGUUUCAAGUCCUUGACCGUGCCAUACAACUAGGCGCAACGCACUGGGACAGUUCUGACGAGAUUCUUCUAGGGAAAUGGUUUGCUCGAACCGGCAAGAGGAGCCAGGUGUUCCUUGCCACAAAGUUUGGUUUUGUGAAAAGUGUACCCGAUCUAUCUCAGAUCGACAGCUCAUACGGGUACACCAAGAGAGCUUGCAAUGAGAGUCUCAGACUUCUUAACACCCAUUACAUUGACCUGUACUACAUGCAUCGCGCCGAUCCUAAGACGCCUAUCGAACAGACUAUGAAGGCACUGAUUGAACUGAAAGCAGAGGGCAAAAUUCGAUAUAUCGGGCUGUCUGAGGUCAGCUCUGCGACAUUGCGUCGUGCCUGUAAAGUUGGACAAGUGCACGCAGUCCAGGUGGAGUACUCGCUCUUUGAAAGAGAUAUUGAAGGCUCAAAGGGCACAAAUUUGAUCCAGACCGCCCGAGAACUGGGUCUUGCCAUAGUGGCAUAUUCGCCACUAGGAAGGGGGCAACUCACGGGAUCUCUGAAUCGGAAAGAAUCUAUCCAGAACCACGGCGACUGGCGCUCUGCAUUGCCGCGAUUUUCUGGUGAUAACUUUGAUUCCAAUCUACAAUUGGUCGAACGGUUGCAGGCAAUCGCUGGCAGCAAAGGCAUCACGUCGAGUCAACUGGCCCUUUCCUGGCUUCUCAAACAAGGCCAUGAUAUUUUCCCCAUCCCUGGGACCAAGAGGAUUAAAUAUCUGGAGGAGAACUGGAAGUCCUUGAAUGUGAAACUCACUGAUGAAGAAGAAAAUCUCAUUAGAGCCUCUGUUCAGGCGGAUGAAGUGGUUGGUGCGAGGACCAUCGAGUCAGCUUUGUCGCAGUGCUACGUGGAUACGUUGGAGUUGUGA